AUGCAUCCAGAGUUUCUGGAUGAAGACAUCAUGGCCUUGUUCGAAGAGAAGUCGGAGGACAAGGAUAGGGAUAAGUGGAUCAUGUGGUUUGAUGACGCGUCCAAUGCCCAAGGCCAUGGGGUUGGGGCAGCUUUGGUCUCUCCCGACAAUCAAUGCAUUCCCUUCACAACCAGAUUAGGCUUUGAUUGCACAAACAACAUGGCUGAAUACAAGGCAUGCGCCCUCAAGAUCCAACUAGCAAUUGACUUCAACGUCAAAUUGCUCAAAGUAUACGAAGAUUCAGCCUUGGUGAUCCAUCAAUUGAAGGGAGAAUGGGAAACUAGGGAUCACAAGUUGAUACCUUAUCAGGCAUACAUCAAGAAAUUGACCAAGUUCUUCGAUGACAUCUCGUUCCAUCACAUUCCCAAAGAAGAGAAUCAAAUGGCCGAUGCACUUGCCACUCUAGCAUCCAUGUUCCAGCUGACUCCACACUUAGACUUGUCGUACAUCAAGUUCAGAUGUCGCGGCAAGCCCGUGCAUUGUUGUUUGAUAGAAGAGGAACAAGAUGGUAAACCUUGGUACUUCGACAUCAAUUGCUCGGUGAAAUGCCUCAAUGGCAUGUGA